AUGUUGAAGGGGUUGCCUGGGGGUGUGCAUGGGGAGCUUGAGGGGAAAGAGGGCCCCUACGACGAACUCCUCCUCGUCCCCGGAAACUUCACCGUCCCACAACCCACGCCCACCCCAUCCGGCCAACCACACAUCAAGAUCCCAAAGAAAGCCCAACGCAUCUCGCGUAUCUACGUCUCCCAACGCACAACAACCUAUAACGGGCGCCUAAAUUGGAACAUUCCCAAACAGCUCGCCCGCUUCUCUUUCUCCGCACCGCCUACUGCCCCCGGCGCCUCACCUCCAUCCACUCUCACUGUGCAAGUCUUCCCUCCUGGCACCAAAGAAGGCGACGGUGGCGCACCAUUCUUUGCUUGUACACUCAAACCCUGGCAAUGGGUCCCUGCUAUGCCGUUGAACACGAAAUACCUCCCUCUCAGCAUGGCCGCCGCGCAACCGCCCCUCCCAUCCGCGCCGAGACAUGAGAAAGCGGUCAGAGAGGUGCAAGAAGGACUACAGGUAGACGACUACGACACGGACGUCAAGAAGAUGGACGCGGUGUUAGUAGGGACGCAGAAGUGGCGGGCGUUUGAUAUUGCGGCCGUCACGCCGAGGGCGCGCGGAUGCUGGGUUGAGGUGCAUGAGAAGAAGGAGAGUGAGGCUGUGGAGUCAGCCUCUACCUCUGUAUACAACAUCAAGCGCAUGCCACUCAAACGCAUGUUGAUAUUGUCAAUUAUAUUGAUAGCUAUACUCUUCAUCAUGAUGCGCUCUUUCUUGCCGUACGACGUCCGCUGGACAUCCAAGCUCCUCCGCCGCGAUGUACGCAACCUCCGGGCGAAGUACACUAUACGAUCGAAGCACCAAGGUGGUCGUGUAGAUGCUGCGACAAGCAGCUCAGCGCAUCAGCAGGCUUACACCAAGAACGUAUCGCAGCUGCCGCGAGGUGUUCAGUGCAGCAAACCGUCGUCACAGCGUGCCGGCCAAGACAGCGUGUACUCCAGACCACCCCAAGAUAGUCCCAGAACUCCCCAAACCAGCAGAGAGAACUGUCCUGGUACACUCUACGACCUCUUAGAAAGCAGACUUAGGGCUACGUAUGCUUCUCGCGACCGCGACAUGUCGCACGAAGACCGUUGGAGAUUCCGCGGUAGUUGGCUAGUGCUCCACAGAGCCAUCCAAGGAUGUCGUUCGGAGAAGAGCGACGAUGCUUCCAGCGUCGGCACGGAUGAAGCCAGCGAGAAUACAAUGCUUUUGGAUAUGCUGAACCUAAGCACUCAAUCACCUACACCCAAGGUCAGCGGAAGGCCAGCGACACCAUAUACCCGGCAUAACAGCGACCAUGAUCGCUAUGACUCCAUGUUCGGCGAUGUUCCUACACCCACAGUCACACCGUCUCCCACGCAGCUGUGGCUAUCCAUCCUUGAAGCCACCGACGACACCCAGAAGAUUGCACCAAUGGCUGAACAGCUGCUGGGGUACAUUUCGCGAGAGAAGAAAGCUUUCGACAUCAUCGAGCAGGUCGGAAACCCCCACAAGAAGUUCUCCGAUGCCGAUGACGCUCAACUCCGACUUCAAUUCCGAGAAUUACUAUGUCCGGAGACAAUGUCGUCCAGACCAUCAUGCUGA